AAUAAAUUAGGAAGUUAAUCCUCAGCAGAGUUGCUUCAUUGUGCGUCACAAUCACCACAACCGUGUAAAGUUUCAACCUUUGGAUUAGCGUGAGAGUUUCAACGAUGAAAGACAGAGAAAACGAUGGGAAUCUUGAGACCAGAAUCUUCGUGGGAGGAUUGUCUUGGGAUGUGACAGAGAGGCAGCUUGAGAGUACUUUUGAUCGCUACGGGAAAAUCACUGAGUGUCAGAUUAUGGUGGGGAAAGAUACUGGCCGUCCACGUGGUUUUGGGUUUAUUACAUUCACUGAUCGCCGAGGAGCUGAUGAUGCAAUUAAGCAUAUGCAUGGGAGGGAGUUGGGUAAUAGGGUCAUCUCAGUGAACAAGGCUGAGCCCAAAAUUGGUGGAGACGAUGCAGACCAAUUACAUAAGGGUGGAGGCUAUUCAUCGCGAGGGAAGGGAAGUGAGGAUGAGUGCUUUAAGUGUGGACGACCUGGUCAUUGGGCUCGAGACUGCCCAUCAACUGGUGGUGAUCGAGGACGUGUUAGAGAUCCCCUUCCGUUGCGCUCUAGACUUGGAGGAUUUGGUGGACAUCGGGAUCGCUAUGGAGAUCGUGAACUAGAGCGGGAGCGUGACCGUGACCGCUACAUGGAUUCACGCCGUGAUCGUGAUGUGGGACGAUAUAGCUAUAGGGACCGCUUUGAUGGUGGAGACAAGUAUGAACCUCGUGAUCACUAUCCAAUGGAGAGAUACGCACCACCUGGAGAGCGUUUGGUGAUUGAUAGGUAUGGGAUGCCUGAGCAUCAUCAUCAUCAACUUGAGAAUGAAUACCGCGGGAGAGAGAGAAGCUAUGAGAGGGAUAGAUACGCGAGGGAUACAAGUGAUAGGUAUGGAGCUAUGGGACCAUUACGCGAUGAGGGAAGACCCUACAGAGGCAGACCAGGUCCUUAUGACCGUCCUAGCCGAGCUGGAGGACCUGGUCAUUGGGCUCGAGACUGCCCAUCAACUGGUGGUGAUCGAGGACGUGUUAGAGAUCCCCUUCCGUUGCGCUCUAGACUUGGAGGAUUUGGUGGACAUCGGGAUCGCUAUGGAGAUCGUGAACUAGAGCGGGAGCGUGACCGUGACCGCUACAUGGAUUCACGCCGUGAUCGUGAUGUGGGACGAUAUAGCUAUAGGGACCGCUUUGAUGGUGGAGACAAGUAUGAACCUCGUGAUCACUAUCCAAUGGAGAGAUACGCACCACCUGGAGAGCGUUUGGUGAUUGAUAGGUAUGGGAUGCCUGAGCAUCAUCAUCAUCAACUUGAGAAUGAAUACCGCGGGAGAGAGAGAAGCUAUGAGAGGGAUAGAUACGCGAGGGAUACAAGUGAUAGGUAUGGAGCUAUGGGACCAUUACGCGAUGAGGGAAGACCCUACAGAGGCAGACCAGGUCCUUAUGACCGUCCUAGCCGAGCUGGAGGCCGACUUUCAUCAUAUGAACGUUGGUAGUUUGUUUGGCAAAUGUCAAUGCUUCUGUUUUGGGAGUUAGGCCUAUAUCAGAUAGAACUCGGUUAUGCUUUUUUGUCGAAUAUUAUGAUUCUUGAUCAGACUAAAUAGUUUUGUGUUCAAUGAUCCUAUUGAUUCCCAUUGAAACAGAGCUUUGCUUUAAGCUCACUCAGAACACAAUUGAGUAAAACCUUGAAGUUGAAACU